CUUUGGACCUAAAGGCAUCCCGAUUUUCCCCGAAGAAGUCUGGACAACUACUCCAGUUCCUCCCUCAAUAUUUUUUUAACCCUUGGAUCUAGCUCUUGAAACGCGCGCUCCUGUGCUUUAAAAUGCAAGCCGGACGCAAAUCGUGUUGGAGGCAAUUGCAGGCUUCUUUUUUCAGACUGCUGUGUCUUAUCCCCACAGGAUUCCCUGUCCGGAGUGUGGAUAUGCAGCGGGCCACCGACAACAUAACCAUCCGCCAGGGCGACACGGCGAUUAUAAGGUGUUACGUUGAUGACAAAGUGUCCAAGGUGGCCUGGCUCAAUCGAUCCAACAUCAUCUUUGCAGGCCAGGACAAGUGGUCCCUGGACCCCAGAGUAGAUCUGGUCACUAAGGGACAGCUGGAGUACAGCCUGCGCAUACAAAAGGUGGAUGUGUAUGAUGAGGGGUCAUAUACCUGCUCCAUACAGACUAAGCAGCAGCCCAAGACCUCGCAGGUCUACCUCAUUGUACAAGUUCCAGCCAACAUCUACAAGGUGUCCGAAGACAUCACGGUGAAUGAGGGCAGUAAUGUGACACUCAGUUGUUUGGCCAGUGGCAGACCAGACCCAACCAUCACCUGGCGGCUGCUCAACCCCUCAGAAUCAGUAAGUCCAACCCAGUUCGAGAGCGUGUUGGGGACUGCUGAGAGAGAUAAUGAUGUCUGGCAGCCUGUGGUCUCAUUGCUUCACGCCUUCGCCUGCCUGGGUGGAAACGCCACUUUGCUCAGCUAUUGCGAGGCUCUCAAGUAUUUGCUGGGACCACAGAUGUUCAUGAGACACAAAUUAUUAGUUGCUAAAGGUCGAAUAUUGGAGGUCCUGGGUGGUGGGAGGCUGGGAGAAUGGAGGCACCCCAUCAAGCUCGAUGAGGGGGGAAAUGGAGCCUCUGGUCGAGCAAGGAAUCCUUUACUGCACGCCUCUCAGACCACCAAAAUAGAAGUCAGACAA